AUGGGUCUCCUCACUCUCGUCGAAGACAGGCCUACGCCUAAGGAGGUCUACAACUGGCGGGUCUAUGCCUGUGCUGCUGUAGCCUCGUUCGCUUCUUGCAUGAUUGGUUAUGACUCUGCCUUCAUUGGAACCACUCUUGCACUUCCCUCAUUCUCGAAGGAGUUUGGCUGGGGCAAGCUGCCCAAAGACGAUGUCACAUUCAUCAAGGAGAACAUCGUCUCCGUCUACCAAGCUGGUGCCUUCUUUGGUGCUCUUGGUGCAUACAUCAGCGCUCACUACCUCGGUCGCCAAAAGUCUCUCUGGGUUUCCGUGGUUGUUUUCAUGAUCGGUGCCGGUGUCAUGCUCGCGGCCUCCAAUGGUGACCUCGCUCCAAUCUACGCUGGUAGAGUCCUUACUGGACUCGGCGUGGGUAGCGCCUCCAUGGUCGUUCCCAUCUACAUCUCUGAGAUUGCCCCCCCUGCUGUUAGAGGUCGCUUGGUUGGUAUCUAUGAGUUGGGCUGGCAGAUUGGUGGUCUCGUCGGUUUCUGGAUCAACUACGGAAUCUCCGAAACACUCCCCAGCAAUCACAAACAAUGGAUUAUCCCCUUUGCCGUGCAGCUCAUUCCUGGUGGUCUGCUUGCCCUUGGUUCAAUCUGGCUUAGGGAGUCUCCUCGUUGGUUGUUCUCCAAAGGCAAGAGAGAGCAGGGUCUUAAAAACCUUCUGUGGAUCAGAAACCUGCCUGCCGACAACUUCUACAUUGUUGAGGAAAUCUCAUUCAUUGAGGCUGCCCUCGAACAUCAAAAAUCAUCCGUUGGUCUCGGAUUCUUCGACCCUUUCAAGGCUGUCUUCAAGAGCCGUAGUCUUCAAUGGCGUGUCUUCCUUGGUACCACACUGUUUAUCUUCCAGAACGGAUCUGGUAUCAACGCAAUCAACUACUAUUCGCCUACAGUCUUCAAGUCUCUCGGUAUUGUCGGGGGCAACACCUCAUUCCUUACCACUGGCCUGUUCGGUGUGGUGAAGACUGUCUUUACCUUGAUCUGGUUGUUCUUCCUAAUUGACAAGUUUGGACGCCGUAAUUUGCUUCUCGUUGGAGCAGUUGGCGGUGCUUGUUGCAUGCUCAUUCUUGGUGGAUACCUGGCUAGUCCACUUGUCGACACUUCGUCAGCAGCAACAGCUGUCGCCAGGCCUCUUAGUUCUGGAGGCAUCGCUGCUGUCUUCUUCUUCUAUCUGUGGACUGCGUUCUACACACCAUCAUGGAACGGAACACCCUGGGUAAUUAACUCGGAAAUGUACGAGCAGAAUGUUCGUUCUUUGGGCCAGGCUAUGGCUGCUGCCAGUAAUUGGUUCUGGAACUUCAUUAUUGCCAGAUUCACUGGUCAAAUGUUCGCAAACAUGGGCAAGUCAGGAUGUGGUGUCUACUUCUUCUUCGCUGGCAUGAUGUUGCUUUCUGUCCUCUUUGUGUGGUUCCUGAUCCCCGAAACCAAGUCUGUCCCUCUCGAGUCGAUGAACAGACUGUUCGAGAUCAGACCUUGCAGCAAGGCCAACAAGAUUGUCAUGCGCGAGGUGCAGGAAGCCGAAGCCGAGUUCCGCGAGGAUGCCGAAGGUGCUGGCUUGAGUCUUGAGAAGAGCAAGGUUGCCCAUAUCGAGGACAGCGCUGUUUAG